AUGUCAGCAGCACAUCUACCGCCAGCGCCUGGCGACUACGAUACAUCCCAUUCCACCACCGUUCGCAAGUACAAUCGCACAUACGGGCUUGUUCCCCCAGCAGUCGAGAGCUUAGACGUCCAAGCUUCGAGAUGUCUGAAACAGCUAGAGCGAAGGCCGCAGAGUAUCGACAAAUAUCUCUAUCUCAGCAGCCUUCGUAGCACCAACGUCCACCUCUUUUAUCGCUUGGUCAGUCAGCAUAUCAAAGACAUGGCUCCUCUCAUUUAUACACCAACUGUCGGCGAUGGCUGCUUGCAAUGGUCUCAUAAUUACGUCCAACCAGAGGGUCUGUACAUAUCCUAUUCUGAUCGUGGUCACAUCGCGUCAGUACUGCACAAUUGGCCGCAGGUAAAUGUCGAGAUCACCGUUGUCACAGAUGGUUCUCGAAUCCUUGGGCUAGGGGAUUUAGGCAUCAAUGGCAUGGGCAUACCUGUUGGCAAGCUUUCUCUUUAUGUGGCCUGCGCAGGGAUCCGUCCGGAGGCCACUUUGCCGCUUAUGCUGGAUCUGGGUACUGGAAACAAGUCACUAAGAGAAGAUCCACUGUAUAUGGGAAGCAGGAGAGAAAAGGUUUCCGCUCAGGAAGAAAAAGAAUUUCUGGACGAAUUGAUGGUGGCAUUGACGGAGAAAUGGCCUGGAAUUGUCAUCCAGUUCGAGGAUUUUAAAAACCCUUUCCCAGCACUCGAAACCUAUGGAGGCAAAUAUACAUGUUUCAACGACGAUAUCCAGGGGACUGGUGCCGUAGUUCUGGCGGGAAUCAUCAGCGCUGUGAAACGAACCGGUGUUCCGGUCAAGGACCAGAGAGCCGUAUUUUUCGGAGCUGGUAGCGCAGGUGUGGGUGUGGCGAAGCAGAUUGUAGAGUAUUUCAUGCGAGAAGGGCUGACAGAGGACGAAGCACGGCGAUGCUUCUGGCUCGUCGAUACUAAAGGUCUUGUGACUAAUGACCGAGGGGACAAGUUGGCGGAGCACAAGAUCUAUUUCUCUCGCGACGAUAACGCUGGAAAGCAGUACAAGACCCUUGAGGAAGUGGUGGACCAUGUGAGGCCUACAAUACUGAUGGGGCUUUCGACAAUAGGAGGGGCUUUCACGCCAGAUAUGCUGACAAAAAUGGGGCAAUGGAACGAGCACCCAAUCAUUUUCCCACUCUCGAAUCCAUCGGCGAAUUCGGAAUGCACUUUCGAAGACGCCCUUAAACAUACCAACUACAAGGCAUUGUUCGCGAGUGGAAGCCCUUUUGCCUCAAUCGAGCAUGACGGGAAGCUUGAGACUCCCGGGCAAGGCAACAACAUGUAUGUCUUCCCAGGCAUUGGCCUGGGUACGAUCCUUUCGAAGGCAACCACCAUCACUCAGUCCAUGAUAUACGCCUCUGCGACGUCACUAAGCACUUCUUUGCAUCCUUCUGAAGUUUCUCAAGGCUGGCUGUAUCCAGAGCUCGCUCGGAUACGAGACGUGAGUGUUAUCGUUGCAAUGGGAGUCAUCAAAGCUGCACAAGAAGCGGGCGUGGAUCGUGAGCAAAGCAUCAAGAGUAUGGGAAAUGAAGAAUUGGAGAAAUGGGUGAGAUCGAAGAUGUACGACCCAACUACAGAAACGCAGAGGGUUGAGGAGGAAGUCCAAGGAUUGACGGAUCCCUCGAAAUGGGGAGGGAACCGAGGAUCCCACCUGUAA